AUGACUUCCAAAUCCCUAUCAAAAUGGAGUUCCGGCAACGUGGGCUUUGCCUGCAGUCAUGCGAUCAAGGGUUAUGGCUAUGGGAUGGCCAUUGCCUGUGGAAAGGAUACUGAUGUUGGAAUGAUGACGGCACUCAGCUUCAAGGAGCGACCUCAGACUCGUGUGGAAAGACAUCAGACACAAAUCGUUUACUAUAUGAUUUUCGUGGCCAUAUUCGUGUUUAUCCUGCUGCUAUUCACAACCGGACUUGAGCGGGGUGAAAUCGUGUAUGAAGUCAAUCUUUCACUACUGGUUGGGCUGACACCCAUUUAUCUGCCAUUUAUCCUAUACUGGGGCAUGAAAAGAGCGAAAAACGAAAUGAAGAAGAAGCAGUGCCAUGUGAGGAACCUUCGCAGCACCACCACAGUGGGCCUCACCACCGUUAUUGUCACCGAUUUAGUAGGCACCAUGACCAAGCAACGGAUGCGAGUUUCGGAGAUCUUUGUGGACAUGGGACUGCUUAGCGUCGAUGACUUGGAUCGGAAUGCAUUGGGACCUCGCUUUAUUGAGCUGAUCCGAGCCUCAGUUCUUUGCAAUGAUGCGGUCAUCUGUCCAGGGAGCAUUGGUGUGCCCAAAAUGCAGAAGGAUAUGUACGGAAAUAUCCUAGAUAUCGCCCUACUUAAGUUUGGUCUUUCAGUCUUGCCAAAUAUUGAUCAGCUUCGACGCGAUCACGAGAAGGUGGCCAAUAAACAAUAUACCAGUGCGGAUAAAGUCCAAGUGACGGUGCACAGGACUCGCGAUGCUGAGGGACAGCUGAAGCUCAUCAUGCUGAUGAAGGGCCAUUGCGAUGUGGUGCUCCGUCGAUGCUCCACAUUCGUCAUUCGUGACGAGGAGCUACCGUUGGAUGAUCAGCUGCAGGAUAUUAUACUUACCCUGGCGGAUGGGUUAUUGGAGGCGGGUCGCCACGUCCGUGCCUUUGCCUAUAAGGAGCUGAGCAAUGAGAUUGAGUUCCGUCGCUUUUCCCAGGUUAACACAAACACGGGAUUGGAAAACGCAGAGUAUAAGUUCCGGGACUAUCUGGCGGUGGAUACCUUCUCCCUACGGUUUCUGGGCAUGAUUGCCACAAACAAUCCGCAUAGGAGCACCAUUCCCAAGGCAGUUAUUCGAUGCAGAUCGGCGGGCAUUAAGUUAAUUCUGGUCAGUCGACGCAAACGCAAACUAGUCAAGUCUCUUGCUAUGGAUGUGGGCAUCAUUUCGGAGCCCUGGGAUAUUUUAAAGAAUCAGACCAUAGGCACCCCAAGCACCAUAGAUAUAGUGGAUAUGUCUCAGUUCGCCAAAGAGAAGCCACAUCACCAGCAAUGGCACAUCGAACAACUGUUGAUGGCUCAACGGGAUUUGGUGUGCUCUGAAACGAGCACGGAGCAGCACCACUGGAUUGUGGAUGCAUGUCGUCGCAUGGGAGCUGUGGUUUCCGUCGUUGGAGGAACCCUCCAUGACACGCCCGCCAUGCGUAGCGGUCAUGUGGGCGUGGCCAAGUACGGAUGUGCAGCCAUGUGCGAGGCCAGUGCAGACCUCAUCCUGCUUGACCGCUCCUUUGCUACUUUGGUCAGUGCUGUUCACGAUAGUCGGUGGCUGUUCGAGAACCUUAAGAAGGCUCUGGCCUAUUGCCUGGCCACCAACACGACCAUCCUACUGAUGUACUUCAGCUUCUUCAUACUCCGGAUUCCCUUUCAAAUGCACAUUAUGGAUGCACUCGCCCUGGCCUUCCUUAUAAACUUGCUACCUGCCAUGACCAUAAUUUAUGAGCCCCCAGAGGAGAAACUAAUGCUUCAGAUGCCCAAAGUGUACGAUGACUUCCUGCUCAAUAGUCGACUACUUUUUGUGUCGCACAUCCUUGUGGGGACUAUCGAAGCCGCCGCUGUUUUCAUGACCUACUUCGUGUUCAUGGCUGACAAGGGAUUCAUGCCCAGGACGUUGGUGGGCCAGCAUAUCACGUGGCACGACGACACGCUCCUCGACAUUCCCGACUCUUUCGGCCAGGAAUGGAACAGUGCAGCCCGAGAGCAGCUGGAGUGCCAAAUGUCCUCUCUCUGCCUGAUGAGCCUCAUCACGAUGCAGUGCACCAACCUGGUGUUGACCAAGACCGGACGUGCCAAUCUCCUGGCCCACGGCUUCCAAAACCGGGGGCUAAGUCUGGCGGUCGUCUAUUUGAUUUGCCUCUGCAUUGGGAUGUGCCACCUGGACACCAUUGUUUGCCUGCGACUGGACGGAACCAACGAACUACACCUUGGCUCCUUCCUCUGGACCAUCUGCCCAUUCGUGGUUCUACUGGUGUUUCUUGAAACAACUCGCAGAUAUUUCCUCCGACUUUUCCCGGACAGUUGGCUCGAGCGGGCCACUAUGUACUGA